GAUCUCUCGCACACGAGAAAAUUGCAAUUAGCUAGCUAGCAAUGGCGCGCCACCACCUCGUCCUGCACGCUGCGACGCCGGCGGUGGCCGCGGCGGCGGCGUGCGGGAAGCUCGGCGCGGCGGCGGCGGCGUUCCUGGCCGUGUGCGCGCUGGCGCUGGCGCUGUGCGCGUCGCACGCGGCGCCGGAGCGGCUGCGGCGCGCGCUGGCGAGCGUGAGCCGGCGGAGGACGGAGCCGGUGAUCGUCAGCAUCCACCAGGUGCAGCCCGGCGUCGUCGGCGUCGGCGCCGGCGGCGAGCUGGCGGACGACGGGCUGGGCGGGCCGCCGUCGUGCGUCUGGCAGAAGAACAUCCUCAUGGGCGGCAAGUGCCAGCUCCCCGAGUUCUCCGGCGUCAUCAACUACGACGCCGCCGGCAACAUCGUCGCGCCGUCCGGCCGCCCCCGCGCCGCCGUGCCGGCGGCGCUAGGCUGGUGAAGAGAUGGAUACAGGCAGUACGACAUGCCCGUGGCGACAUGAAGAUAAUUUGCAGAGAGUGACACGCGUGCGUCGUGUAGAUUUUUAUUUCUUCCAUCCUAUUUUGUGAAGAUAUUUUGAUGAAUGAAAUGAAAUAAGCAAUUCGGAUGCUAAAUUUGCAACCUGGAA